UGCUACCCGUCAUUCAUGGAGAAGUUCACUUCUGAAGUGAUCCCUGUGAACUCCGGGGUGGUGGUGGAUAGAAAUGUGGUGACGAGCCAGGGUCCAGGAACAGCAAUCGAGUUUGCUCUUGCUUUGGUGGAGCAGCUAUAUGACAAAGAGAAGAUGGAGGAGGUUGCUGGACCUUUGGGAACUCCGUGCCCUUUAUACUUUGAAUUCUGCGGAGAUGGUUCUCAUUUGACCCCAAAAAGAGAAUGGAGUGAUGUAAGAGUUGUGAGAAAAUUGCGAGGGUUGCGUCAGCAAGAGAAGUUUGCCGCACGUAGUCAUUUCAGAGGGCUGCGUGAUAGUCAGCAAGCGGGCGGGCGCAGGCCUACUCCCCUAUUCAUGCUUGCAAUGGAUAACCUGAGGGAUAGGAAGCUUGCAGAGCAGCGUACCAGGGAUUCUGAUAUUUCAGAAUAUCUUACCUGUCCACUGUGUGGCCAAGUUAUGAUUGACCCGGUGACAAUUGCCGCGGGGAAGACGUUUGACCAACAGUUCCUCAAGGAUUGGUUUGAGAAGAAGGGACUUGUCUGUCCUCUGACCGGCGAGCCUGUAUCAGGUGCUAUUGUCCGGAACGAGCGGAUUAGAGGCUACUUGAAGGAGUGGGAAGACUCUAAGGCGGAGCUGAUCGCCAAGGUUCAGUCUCGUAUCUCAUAUAAGCCCUAAUUAAGUCUCCUUGUUCUUGUUUAACGCUGAUGUGAUUAGUGAUGUUUCACUGACCUGGAGGUGUGUUAUUACAUAUCAAGCAAUUAAUCUAUUACCUAAAGACAUUUCCGUUGCCUCGGUAUCAUUCCCUAUGUCUAUCUUGAAUUCUUUGCUUAAGAGAAAUUCCUUGAGAUUA